UAAGUGAUAUUUCUGGCAUUCAAGGUACACUCUAGGCUUCAAAUAGAAUGAAAAGAUAUGAAAUCUCAAAAAAGCUAAUCUCUUUUAAUCAAAUUAGUUUUAAUUUCAAACCCAUUUGCUUUCAAAAUUGAGUGCAACUAAUACUUAUUGAAUUAUGAAUGAUGAUAGCAGAGUUGUCACAAUGAAACAAAGACCUUCAUCACAUCGCGAGUUCUUUGCACGAAUCUACGGACAUUUGGAGGAUAGUAAAAGUGACAGCGAAUCUAUAAAUAGAACAAUUAAAAGUAAUAUUACAACAGUGACAACAGCAGAAGAGAUAAAGUGCAGUGAUAAGAAGAAAAAUAACAACAUUAGACAACCGGUUCCACUAAAGUUUGUGCCUAAUCAAAGAAGAUCCGAUUUUAAACUGGGGUUGUAUCACGAGCAGAGUUUCGUAAAUAGUUCUGAGUUUCCUUUAAGUCAUAAUUUGAACAACGAGGCUUCAUCUCAGGGUGGAAGGUUCAAUGAGAGAAAGAAUGUGAAUGGAGGAGUGAAUUGUCAGGAGCAGAAUCAAAGAAUAUGUCACGCUAAUAGCUAUUUAGAGCCCUACCGUGCACAGAAUUUUCAAAAUUUUUUGGUGGCUGAUAAAAGUAGUUUGAUUGAUGUUCACAGUGAGAGGGUGAUUGGGGGACAAAUUUUUGAAAAUAAAAAUGGGGGUAAAUCGGAAAAUAGAAAUGGAAAACCUUCUCUAACAACAGAUAUAUUACCAGAGAAAAAACAAUCUACUAGUUCGUACUUAGAAAAAAGUUUGGAUGAGAAAACGUGUCCAAAGCUUUCCACAAGAAGUAGAGAAACAGAUAAUGCAAGUGUUGAAGGAAUGGAAAUGGGAGAGGAUAGGGAAAGGAGAAUGGAAAAAGAAAGGAGAAUUGAUAUAGAAAGUGAAAUUGAGAGGGAAGAUGAUGAUGAUGAUGACGAAGAAAUCUCGGUUGAUUCAAGAUCGACUUCAUCGAAAGUUGAAGAUGAAGACGAAAUUGAACUCGGAGGUGACAGCAUGCUUCUCAAACAUCCCUCAAGCACUAUGGCGAAUGAUUCGCAUCCAGAUUCCUCCAGACUCCAGAAUCGGUUGCUUUCGAUGACGUCACAGCCUCCAAGAAGGUUUUUCCCUCCCGGACCACCGGCUGGAGUGUUCCAGCAGAGGCAUCCUCUCUUUCUCAAGUCGUUUCUGUCUCCCUCGCCUGGUGAGGCUCACUUUCCUGCUGGCUUUACUGCUUUUCUAGCGAGACGGCGUCGCAAGGAAGGGCGCCCCCGGCGUCAACGCACGACGUUCUCCAGUGAGCAGACGCUGCGCCUGGAGUUGGAGUUCCAUCGCUCGGAGUACAUCUCACGGAGUCGCCGAUUCGAGCUGGCUGAAACUCUGCACCUCACCGAGACGCAGAUCAAAAUAUGGUUCCAAAACAGGCGAGCCAAGGACAAGAGGAUUGAGAAGGCGCACAUGGACCAACAGUACAGAAACCUGGCACUAGCAGGAGGCUUCGUACCAGGCCUGCCACCACCCAGCUACCCCGGUCACCAGCACAACUCGGUUCCCUUGCUCACGUCGCAGGCUAGCGCAGGUCUGGGCAGCUUCUGCAGUUUGUGCUUGUACAAGGACCCCGCCUACAAGAGCCAUGCAGCUGGGGAGGCAUGUCUGCAUCAGGAGAAAAACAGCCUGGACUUGCAAAAGACACAGGGGAUGCAGUACGAGAAACAAUCUGAUAGCUAGUUGAAAUAGAAUCGAAUAGUUGGUGUUAGGUUGAGAGAGGGUAGAAUAGAUAUGGUUCCGUUGGAAUAAUCAGGUGGCAACAAUUUGAAGAUAAAAUUAAAAAAGAAUUGAAGAGAUUAAAAACUCUGAAAUUGGAGAGGGUAAAACACUAUAAUAUUGGAAAGAGAAAUGAAAAAAAAACAAUCUUAGAGAUUACUGUAAUGGAGUGGAUUAAUUCAAUAAUAAAACAAAUAAUAUAUGAUAGAUUUUGGAAGGAAUUUUGGAAAUUUAGAUUAUUCUUCAAAAAGAGAAAGAUGAUGAUGACAUAGAAACACUGUAGGCCUCUUGUAAAUAGAUGUUCUAUUACAAAAUAUUCGAUUUCUUACGAACAGAUACGUUAUAUUACGGUAUUCGUUAUGAUUUAAAACCGGGUAAUUUUAUUCCAAAGUUCAUGCUGGAAUGUAAAAUUAUAAGUAGGCCUACCUGAUUAAGAUAUUUAAAUAAUUUGAUAUACAGAGCUACAAUUUUGUUAUAAUGAUUCUAUGAAUAGCAUAUUGGAGUAUUAGUGACCUAUGAAAGUUAAUUGACAAAGGAAAAUUCGAUAGCCCAAUGAAUAAGUUUGAUAAGUAUGAAAAAUUGUUAAGAUUUUUGCUGAAGUUAUACAUUAUGUCUCUAGUCGAUUAGCGUAAUAAUUUAUUUUGAUGCCAAAGAUAUUUUUUGAUAAUAUUAUAUUUGAUUUCAUUCAAUCUAGUCAUGGAGGUACCUUUAAACCUGGUAUAUUAUCAUUUACAUCUAAUUAAUAGUGAUAGUACCAUAAAAUGAACAUAUCAUAACUUCAGAAGACGUUAUCAGCAAACUGUUUUCUGUAAGCCUAAACUUAAUCAAGAAUAUCAUUUUGAAUGUAUUACCAUUAGGUAUUAAAAUUUUUUCCAAUGCGAUGAAUGAUUUAGAAUAGUUGUAGAGCUAGUGAAUGUAAGAUAUUUGAUAAUAAGAAUUGUAAUUUUGAAACAGAGACCCUGUAAAUAACAAUUAUUUGAUUCCUAAUGUAAUAUAAUUAAUCACUUCCAAAUCGAAUCUCAUAAAGCAAAAAUACACUUGUAAAUUAGUAUUGACCAGCACUUGAUACACUUCUCUAUAAUAUUUCUAUAGGCUACUAUAAUUCAAAUUCUAGUCAAAUUUCUGAUUAAAUAAAGAGUUUUAGUCUAAGUCUAAGGAACUGUAUUUCCUAUAAUGAGUCCAAUUUCAAUUUGUGAACUUGUAAAUUUCAUCAUAAAUUGAUGUACAGUUUUAAUAAGAUUGUUGUUUGACAACAACUGCUUUCCUCCUACUUUUUUCAUUACGGUACGUCAAUAAUAAUUAUUUCUCGGGAUUUAAUUGCUGAU